AUGACAGCAACCAAGCAAGUCGCCCUCGUCAUCGGAGCAUCGCGCGGCAUAGGGAGACAGGUUUCCAUCGAUCUGGCUCGCAAGGGAUAUGUCGUUGUCGUAGCGGCAAAGACAACGUCUGAUGCCAGCAAGACCGUCCCAUCCCCACCAGACCCCAACUCACCCCAAUCGACCAUCAACACUGUCGAGCGUGAGAUCAGGGAAGCUGGUGGUGAAGCCACCGCGAUCGCCGUGGAUACACGGGAUGUUGAGCAAAUCAACCACUUAGUAAAUGAAACUGUCCGUAUCUACGGCAAGCUUGACAUUCUGGUCUACAACUCCGGCGCGAUAUGGUGGUCGUCUGUGGAGAAUACGCCCAUGAAACGGUUCCAGCUGAUGCAGAAAAUCAACCCAGAGGGUCUCUAUGCUAGCGUGCAAGCGGCACUUCCACAUUUUGGAAAGAAUGGCUGGAAAGGUCGGAUUAUUGUUGUUUCACCCCCGAUUUAUUCUAGAUUCUUUCGUGGAAAGACUGCUUACGCGAUGGGCAAAGUUGGAAUGAGUGUCUUGACGAAAGGAUUGGCAAUGGAUUUCAUUCGCCAAGGUCGAAAGGACAUGGCAAUUACCAGUAUCUGGCCAGCAGCAUCCAUCGAGUCUGCAGCUACAGAGGGCAUGGUGAAAAAGGAGCCUUCAACUGGAAAAGACUUGCGAAAACCAACUAUUUUCUCAGACGCAAUUCUGGCAAUGAUCAGUGCCUCUGCAGAAUCAGUAAAUGGUCUUUUGGACCUUGAUGAGGAUUUCCUAAGAAAUCGUUGUGGAGUCACGGAUUUCUCAAAGUAUUCUGUUGUGCCAGGUGCAACCCCUCGCCGAAUCAUGCCUGCUCAGUUUCCGACAUUGGAAGUGGAAGAGCAGAAUGACGAAGGUCAAAGGAUGGACAGUACCAAAAUUAGACGCGCCAAGUCGAAUUUGUAA